AUGAAGCGAUCGCUGGAUUCCACGGAAAGUCCGAAGGCUCCACGGCGCCAGAAGCCAGUCUCAUACCAGUUCUGUCGAGCAAAGAAGCUGAGAUGUAGUUUCGAACUGCCGUGUGCGUCACGCGUUGCUAAACUCGAACUUCGACCGUUCCAGCAUCAGCCAGCGCCGCAGGCACUUUCGCUACAUAGCCUUCAUGAGAGAGUUCAGAGGAUUGAGCGGUCAUUGGGGAUUUCAUCUGAGAAUGUUACCAAUCAAGAACGCGGCGGUAUAAGGGAAUCCAAUUCUUUUUCGAAUUUGAAUACUCAACGUGGAACUAUCCAGGUUGAAAAGCGGGAUCUCCACGCCGCCAGAACGCUGGAGGAAGAGAGGUUGCAGAAAGAAAGCGAUGACUUGACGACAAGUGUAACUACUUCCGGGGUUGACUUUGGAAUUGAUACAUUGUCAGAAGCAACACAUUUAGACACACCGACGAUUGAGUCUAUACAGGCAGUUUGA